AUGUAUGAGACACCUCCACCGCGUCGCAAAUCCUGUGAAGCCUGCAAGGCUGCGAAGAGGCGCUGUGACCUUGUAUACCCGUGUUCAAGAUGUGCGCACAAGAACCUUCCUUGCAUCUAUCCUGGAAGACAACCAGCAUAUACAGAUCUCCAAGAAGCUCAAUCUUUGGACUGGGCUGAUACUCUGUGUCAGCCUCUCCAAGAGCCCGGUACUCUUGAUAACAACCGCAAUCUUUGUACAAUCAAUAAUGACCUUUCCUUGUUCGACAGAACAGAAAUGCAGUCGAGCUAUGACUUUGAUCGGAUUCUUUACCCGAUAUCGCUGGAAAUAGAAGCUCCACCACAUCUGCUGAUACAAAUACCAAGGAUACGAUCCAAUAGAACUAUCCCACAGAUUUUUGCGUCUCAUCUGAAAUUUGCUGUAGAUGUCCUCGAAGAUGCACCUAGAAUGAUGGUUCUUGAAAACCAGACCCCCUGGUGUCACCCACAACUUUAUAAAAAUUAUAUGCCUAAGGAUAUGCAAGAUGCAUACGCCUGCUGUUCACUAUAUAUGUCCAAGAAUGAAAUCAAUGCGCCAGUCAUAACGGCUCUACUUAAUUCUCGCGCAAAAGACCUACUAUCAACACCAGAGCCAACAUCACUCCUCGAAUUGGUGGCUCGAACUCAAGCUUUGAUCUUUUAUCAGAUCAUUUGUUUGUUCGAUGAGGACGUCCGCUCUCAAGUAACUGCGGAACGUCUUUUUGCAGCACUCAAGUCUUCUGUCCUUUCUUAUUUAAAGAUUUUAUAUCUUCCAAGGACACAAGAUUUGACUAAACUUCUUCCUCCAUCUAUGGAAUCUAUCGCCGACUUUUGGAAUGCCUGGAUCUUGCAAGAAUCCGCGCGGCGGACGGCGCUAUUCGCAUUCGCAUUUGUUCGAAUUGAUGAAAUUCUGCAUGGUAAUAUUCCUGGCUAUUGUGAUGGGAGACUUGGUCUUGAUCACUCUUGGUAUAUGUCGGCCCAUUUAUGGAAUGCACCCUGUGCAUUUGAUUUCUCUGUGGCGUGGGUAGAGUUGUCGUCCGCUUUGGAGUGUGCGAUGCCAGAAGAUAUUGACUUGUUUGGGAGAAUGAUCUUGGUUACUAUUCUUGGAAUCGAAGAUGCUCAGAAGUGGUUUCGAGCGAGGGGUGCUGCUCUUUAA